UCAUUUGAGCAAACAGCAGAGACCCUUUUCCAUCUUUUUUUUCAUUCACUAAAACGUAGAGAAGGAAAAUGGGUAGACUUGCGCCACUUUCAGAAGAACCAACCAACGAAGAAGACGAGUCUUCAAAUGGCUCAAAGAAAGGAAUGCGUCAAACAUGGCGUAACUGGAUUAAAACCCAUAUUUCUCUCGUCUUCAACAAGCGUUCUGACCUUAAGAUCCUCCUCAGUGUUCUGGGUUGUCCUCUUUUUCCUCUCUCUCUUCACCCCGACCAGUCUCUUAACGAGGUGUCAUCCUCGGCACAAUACAUAAUACAACACUUCACCGCCGCCACCGGUUGCCGGAAACUAGAAGGCACGGUCAAGAACGUAUUUGUUACCGGAAAAGUGACAAUGGCGAUGGGGGACCACGACCUCGGCACGGCUGGCGUCUCGGCCUCCGGAGCCGCCAGUAGUAGUAGCACAGUUUCUCAAAAGGGUUGCUUUGUUAUGUGGCAAAUGGUUCCCAACAAGUGGCUAAUUGAGCUAGUAGUAGGUGGUCACAAGGUCAUUGCCGGUAGCGAUGGCAACGUGGCUUGGCGCCACACACCGUGGCUUAGUGCUCACGCCGCCAAAGGCGGCGUUCGACCUCUCCGGCGGGCUCUUCAGGGAUUGGACCCUUUGGCAAUAUCAACUGUAUUUUCCCCUGCACAAUUCAUAGGCGAAAAACGAAUCUCGGGUGUCGAUUGUUUCAUGUUGAAAUUGUCAGCUGAUCAGACGGACCUAGCUGAGCGAAGUGACAACACAGCUGAGAUGAUCAAACAUGUAAUAUUUGGUUACUUUAGCCAAAGGAGUGGCCUACUUGUGUUCUUAGAGGAUUCUUACUUGACUAGGAUCCAAUCCCCCGGAACCUACCCUACCUAUUGGGAAACCACAAUGUCCACAAAAAUCGAGGAUUAUCGGACGGUGGAGGGCGUGAUGAUCGCGCAUUCUGGUCAAACAAACGUGAUCAUCACACGGUUUGGAGAUAAUUUAAAAUCGGGCCCUGCAAUCACGCGAAUGGAAGAGAUUUGGACCAUUGAUGACAUAGCAUUCAAUGUUCCUGGUCUCUCAAUUGACUGUUUCAUUGCUCCUAAUGAUGUACAAAAACAUUACCUUCCUGAUGACAAUAUUGAUUGGAGAAAGUCACUAUAGUGUUGAUUCACAGUGAUUGACCAUGGUAUCCUAACCCAACGAUUCUCAUUGGUUUAUCAUCAAUGUCAUAUAUAUAUAUUUAUCGUCUAUAUAAAAAGUGUGUGAAUAACAUAAACUUUUUGUUUUAACAA